UUCCAUUAUCUUACAUGGUAUCAGAAAAACAAAACAGAAGCGUUCCUCAUUCUCCUUCGUGAAGCAGCCGCCGCCGCCUUCCUCAUUCUCCUUCGUGAAGCAGCCGCCGCCGCCGCCACCGGACCUUCGUCCUCUACAUACCGCCGCUGCCGCCGCCACAGGACCUUCGUCCUCUACAUACCGCCGCCGCCGAACACAUCCUCUUUUCUGUUCGCGCCGCCGCCGUCGCACCACCGUGCACGAAAACCACCGCCGAAUCCGCGGAUUGUUCUGGUUCUUCGCCUCUGUUCGCAAUUCAGAUCUCCUUUCUUUUGGGUUUCACAUCUCUGUUCCGACGAUAGCACACCACAACGCCGUGAUUUCUCUCCUCUGCGCGUCCGUGUUGUCCACUGUUGUUGUAUUCUACUCGUGAAUUGUUACUGUGAAACAAGAAGCAGUCAUGUCUGAUUCCGAAAACAGCAAUAGCGACCACAAUACUCAGAAAACUCCCACUGUAGCCAAUGUUUCCGAGCAGUCCGUCGCUGCCACCGGUGUUUCAAAACAUGAUUUUCAUCCCGCUCUUGCUGUCUCCAACAUUAGGAACCACAUUCCUAUUAUUCUUGAGAUGGAAAAAGAUCAGUAUGGAACAUGGGCCGAGCUUUUCCGAAUUCAUGCUCGCUCACAUCGAGUCUUGCAUCACAUUGUUCCAUCUACGGAAAAAGCACCUCCAGCCCCUACCGAUGCCGAGCAUGAACAAUGGACCACUCUUGAUGCCACCGUUCUCCAGUGGAUUUAUUCCACCAUUUCUACUGAUUUGCUGACCACUAUCCUGGAACCCAACUCGACUGCAGUAGAAGCUUGGAAUCGCUUAGAAGAUAUCUUUCAGGACAACCAAAAUGCUCGAGCUGUCACUCUUGAGCAAGAGUUUUCUAACACUCGUAUGGAGGAUUUUCCAAAUGUCUCUGCUUACUGUCAGCGUCUUAAGAUGCUUUCUGAUCAAUUGAGAAAUGUCGGCUCCCCUGUCAACAAUCAUCGUCUUGUCCUUCAGCUGAUAUCGGGUCUCCCAGAAGCUUACCGUAGUGUUGCCACCUUGAUUCGCCAGAGUAAUCCUCUCCCUGCAUUCUAUCAGGCUCGUUCAAUGCUCACUUUGGAAGAAGCCGGUAUGGCUAAGAUGGCAAACACAGGCUCUCAUGCUGCCAUGCACACCACUCAGUCAAAACCUAUUGAAGACACCUCUCAGCGUGGCAACCGCCGCCCCAACAACCGUUCUCGUUCUCGUGGCAACCAGAGCCGCGGAGGGGGACGCAAUAACCGCAGUGGUCCUCAGCCUGGAGCUCCGAACACUCCUCCAUCAUGGUCCUCUCCUCCUUGGCAGCAGCAACAACAGUACCCAGCUUGGCAACCAUGGGGUUGGACUCCACCACCAUGGGCUAUGCCACCGUGUCCAUAUCCCACCUCUCAGUGGGCACGCCUUGCCGGUCCUCCUAAGCAACCAGAUACCGACAGACAUUGA